AUGUCGAGCGAUACCACCGAAUUGGUGGCUCAAUGCCUCUGCAAGACGCACACCUUCAAGUCCUCCGUGCCGUCUUCGUCCCUCCCCCUCAGCGCCACCUGCUGCCACUGCGACUCAUGCCGCCACGUCACCGGCGCCAUGUUCCUCGUCGACGUCGAAUGGCCUAACCAGGACGAGGAUCUCUCGGCCCUCCACGCCUACGACUUCUCCCCCAACCUCCGCGAGUUCUCGUGCCAGUCGUGCGGGACCCGGCUCUUCUGCAAGGGCAGCAAGCCCGGGUCCACGCUCGGCGUCAUCACCGGCACACUACAAAACGAGGUCAACCUCGUCCGCUACGACAAGCACAUCUACGUCGGCGACACCCGCGACGGCGGCGCCAGCAUGUUUAUGCGCAAGAGCCACCCCGACGCCACGCCCAGCAAGCGCUUCGUCGAGGGCUCCAACUCGAAAGAGCUCCCCGCGGACUGGCCGUCCAACUUCGACCUGCCGGACCCCGAGGCCCAAGUCACGCCCGAGUUCACGCCCCUCUACUGCCACUGCCGCGGCGUGAACCUUCUCCUCAAAAACGCCACCGACCUCAAGGACCGAGCGCCCGACAAGCUGCCCUUCUACCACCCGGGCACCACCGCCGAGACCUUUGAGCACCUCCCCGCCUCCACCUUCGACCUCAAGGCCGCCGUUGCCUCCGAGAACAAGGACCCGCGCCUCGGCACCCUCGAAUUCUACCAGAGCUCGCCCGACGUGGAGCGCUACUUUUGCUCCAAAUGCGCCGCCGUCGUCUUCUUCGCCGUGCACGACCGGCCCAACAUGGUCGAUGUCGCGCCGGGCCUGCUGGACCACCCUAGCGGCGCGAGGGCCGAGGGCCUGCUGCACUGGAACUUUGGCACCAUGGGCCGGCUGGAGGAUGUGGAGGGCGGGUGGAGGGAGAAGCUCGGCAAGGGCGUGAGGGAGGAGGCGGAGCAGUGGAGGAUCGAAAGGGGGUAUCCCAAGACGGCGGGGAGGGUGCGACGAGAGGCUGGUAACACCAAGAUGCAACUGUAA